AUGGAAACGUUCUAUGGCUUGAUUGCGGCGGUGGUUAUAGGAGAUGUGGUUGCACAAAUACCAGAAUCUGAUCAGAUAAAACAAUUGUGGGGAUUUCUUGGGACCUCCAAUAAACUUACAGAAACUUGUUUUUUGGACUUCACAAGAGAAAUAAAACCUGAAGAGGAAAAUCAUAUUCGGGGGGAUGAAGCCUCAGCGGCCAAAGCAGGACUCCUUGGCUGGCCACGACAGAGAAGUCCUCAUGGAUGGACUCUUGCCAUCAGCGGUUACUCUAGAAAUGAGGACUCAUCUGACAGAAUCCCCUGA